AAGAUUUGUUGGCUCUGUUACGUGAGGAAGAGAAGAGAAGGUUUUCAUCCGAAAUCCAACAACAAUAUUACAAUGUUGGAUGUGAUCCUAGCAAUGACAGGGAUUGGAUUGAUGUCACUGACCAGAUUCAAUAUGAUUUGGUUAGAGAAUUUGGCUAUUCAGAUGAAGCUGUACAAUUAUUACGUCGUGCUUCUCAACUUUAUAAAGAUGAUCCUGCAUUUAGCAACACUCAAGUAUAUGUUCGCAAUAACAUCUCCCAAAUUGGUAAUCUCACCGAAGGAAUGCAGGCUCCAGAUUGCUCACUAGUUUCCCUAGAAUCAUCAGCAACUACAGUUCCUUUAAUUCCCUUGUGUACACUUGUUCGACCAGGAAGGCCUCUUGUUCUUCUUGGCGGAUC